AGUUAUUGAUUUCGAAGCAAGGUCCCAGAAAAAUUCAAAUUUAUGAUGCCAGCCCAAUCGAAAGAUAAAAACAAGCAGAAAAUAAAGUUAUGGGAAUGCGUGCCUUGUCCGUCAUCUGAUCUCUUCAAGAUCGGUUAGUUCGCGCGUGAUCUUAUACGACAAUUCUCCAACCAAACUCACCAGUCUCUCAGAAAUUGAACGAUAAAAACGACGUAGUUGCGAGACCCAUUUCAUCUCGAUACUUGCAGAGUUGAAGAGAGAGAAGCAAUGGCGAGCGGUGCAGAGCUGAAGUCGGAGAGCUUGCUGGAGCUGAUGAAAGAGCACCUGAAAACCGACGCCGGCAAAGAAAUUACCAAGAAAAUCGGACUCGUCUAUCAGAUCAACAUCGCACCCAAGAAAAUUGGAUUCAAUGAGGUGAUUUUUAUUGUUGAUCUUAAGAAAGGCGAGGUCAAGAAAGGGGCAUAUGAAGGAGGGAAGCCAGAUGCAACUUUUUCGUUCAAGGAUGAUGAUUUCGUGAAGGUGGCGCUAGGGAAGAUGAACCCGCAAAUCGCUUUCAUGAGGGGGGCAAUGAAGAUCAAGGGUAGCUUGAGUGCGGCCACAAAAUUCACACCUGACAUUUUCCCCAAGCCUUCCAAGAUUCAACUCCACGAGAUAACUAAAGGCACCAUGAACUUCAUCAUUUCCUUCUGCUUUUGCCUCUGCAUUUCUCUCUUGCCCUCCUUUGGAACCCCCGCUGUGUUGUUUUAGGGGUUCAAUUGGCAUUCAAGUAAAAAAGGAGGGUGGUACAACUCACUCAAGACCUCCAUUCUUGAACUUGCUGACUCUGGCAUCACCCAUGUCUGGCUUCCUCCUCCUCACGCUAAUGGAACCGAGGGUAUUUACUAGCUACUAGCCUAUCACUAUCUCUGUAUAAUCGCACUUAUUUGUUUAAUAAUCCCAAGUAAUCAAUAAUGUUCUCUCGCUAGACUGAAUCUGGAUUGCACAUUCUGGCAAGAUAAUAAUUCGUUACUAUUAC